AUGCCUUCCAACACCGCAGCAUGGCAGCCCAAGCCGGGCGUUCCUGUCGAAAUCAAGGAUACACCUUACACUUCUCCUUCCGCCGACUACAUACUCAUCAAGAACCAUGCUAUCGCCAUCAACCCCAUCGACUUUAAACUCCAAGACAUGGCAAUGUUCCCAUCUCUCUCCUACCCCACCAUCCUCGGCAACGAUCUCGCCGGCGAGGUGGUCGAGGUUGGCAGUGCAGUCUCGUCUCGCUUCAAGCCUGGCGACAGAGUCCUCGCUCAGGCUGGAGGUGUUUCUGCCAACAGCCCUUCUGGAUCUGCUUUCCAGGAGUACACCGUCGUCGUCGGAAAGAUGGCGUCCCACAUCCCGGACAGCUUGUCCUACGUCGAUGCCGCUGUGAUUCCUUUAGGAGCAGGCACUGCCUCCUGCGGACUGUUCCAGAAGGACCAGCUUGCCCUGCAGCACCCUUCACUUUCUUCGAAGCCAACUGGACAGACAGUCUUGAUCUGGAGCGGCGCAACAAGCGUAGGCCUCAGUGCCAUUCAGCUCGCUGUCGCCGCCGGAUACGAGGUGAUCGCUACCGCUUCGCCCAAGAACUUUGAACUCGUCCGCAGCUUUGGUGCCACUGAAGUCUUGGACUACAACGUUGACUCUACCACUCUGGUCGAGCAGCUGGCUACCGUCUUCGAGGACAAGACCUUUGCUGGUGUGCUGCACACUGCUGGCGAAGCUGCUGACGCAGUCGCCAUCUGCGCAGACCUCUUCCCCAAGAUCAACGGCAACAAGUUCUUCACCACCACUGUGCAGCUGCCCGCCAGCAUGCCCGCCGACAUGAAGUACAACCGUGUCUUCGCUAGCGCUAUCACAAACAGUGGAGUUGGAGAAGCUAUCUUUGUCAACUACCUCCCUCAGGCACUCGCAGAAGGCAAAUACAAGUCGGCACCCAAGGCUGAAGUCGUUGGAAAUGGUCUGGAGUCACUGCAGAAGGGACUUGAUAUCUUGAGAAAGGGUGUUUCUGCCAAGAAGCUCAUUGUCACUUUGAACUAG